AUGAUCCAGACUAUUAAGACAAAGGUUGCAGACAACCAUAUCAUGAAAGAGUUCUGUAAGAGGACCGGUGUGUCUUCUGACAGUGUACUAGGCAUCUUCGUGAUCUUGAUCGUGGUGGCACUGGAUUCCACAUUCAUUGGAACAUCAUUGAACAACCUGGUUUGCUUGUUCUUUCCGUUGCAAGAAACAAUGGCUGUGUUAAAGUCGCAUAACCCAAAUGUGAAGGAUAUGAGGAGAUGUCUCAUUGUUUUGAUGACAUUUGCUUGUCUGAGUAUUGCUGAACCAUUACUUAAACAUAGGAUUCCCCUCUUUGCUGCAAUAAAGAUUGCAUUCCUGGUAAGCGUAACUUUCAAACAAAGCAUGCAAGAAAUCAUCCAGACGAACAUCAUCAACAACGUCCCAAUUGGAACAUGCAAUGCCAAUGGAAAGUCCACGAUUUCAAAUGCUGCAGAAAAGGCCCACAAAGCUGUUAGUGAAGCUAAGGCAGCAGUAAACGAUGCAGAAUCAGAUAAGAAUAAGUAA